AUGUUCGGCACCAUCUUGCUUAGCGGCAGCAGUUAUUACGGCUUGACAUUGGAGUCCCGAGUUUUCGAAACUUUAAACACAUCCGCCGAGGAAAAUUGGUUCUCUGGGCACUGCUGGGCCGAAGCUCAUUCCCGCUUCAUCUUUUGCCAUAAACUGCGACGGAAGAUACACAUGCUCAUCCAGUAG